AUGGAGGACAUGCUUUCAGAUUUCUUCUCCAAGCCACAACAAGGCAGCUUGUACACACCCUUCCGCGACAUGGUAAUGGGCAUCAUGCCAGUACCACCCGUGGAAGAUCCCUCCUUGACUUGCCCGACAUCUCAGGAGCGAGUUCGAAGUAGUAUUUUUGGAACUGUCGGACAACGUACGGAUGGCGAGAAUAUGACCAAAAUGACCAGACCAACGGUGACAUGGGCAGACCGCGUUCGCGGUUUUGCAGGAGAUUGCCAGACCAGAGUCGCUUGGUCCCAUGCAUGA